CUGUCGGUCAAUUUACCUUGUUAACGACAACCUACUCAGGGUUCCUAACUUCUCCACACCAUUUAAUUUUACACGGACUUCGUGGCGCUGAUGGAUACUUAAUAAGGCGAAUUGACAAUUGACGGUCAUUUCCCAUUUUCUAUAUAUAUACACACACACAUACAACUAUACAAGCUAGUAUAUUUGUAUAUAGCGUGGUAUAAACAUAACCUUACUUUUCCAUAAACAACAAGUGCCAAAUACACGAUCUUAUAUACGAUCGCGGUAUACCUGUAUAAGAUCGUGACCAAAUAUAAUGUGUUUAAAAAUUGAUUGUUAAAAUAAUAAAACAAAUUACUUGUAAGUAAACUAAGUUACUUAAAAUAGUACGCAUCAAUUCAUACAGAAAGCUAUAAAAAUGGAACCUAGUUUUGGAGAAGAGCAUUCCAAUUGGGAAGAUAUGAAUCGUGGGGAUGAUAUAAGUGGUGAGGAUCCAUCAGAGAAUCCUCAACAGGUCCUUAAGGAAUGUCUUGAUAAAUUUAACACUCCAGAUUAUAUUAUGGAACCUGGUAUUUUUACACAGCUUAAAAGGUAUUUCCAAGCUGGAGGUAAUCCAGAAACGGUCAUAGAACUGUUAUCAAAAAAUUAUACAGCAUGUGCACAGAUGGCAAAUCUUUUAGCUGAAUGGCUCAUUUUAGCUGGGGUAAAAGUCACAGAUGUUCAAGCUAUGGUAGAAAAUAAUCUUAAGGAUAUGAUACUCAAAACUUUUGACCCUAAGAAAGCUGAUAAAAUUUUUACAGAAGAGGGAGAGACACCAGCAUGGUUGACAGAGAUGAUUCAACAUCCCACAUGGAGAUCACUUAUAUAUAGACUUGCUGAAGAAUAUCCUGAUUGCUUAAUGUUGAAUUUCACUAUAAAACUUAUUUCUGAUGCUGGCUUUCAAGGAGAAAUCACAAGUAUCUCGACUGCAGCUCAGCAAAUUGAAGUAUUUUCCAGAGUACUCAAAACUGCUAUUGCAGGCUUCCUUCGAAAUACUGAAAAUUGGCAAUCAAGUAUUCAAGAAUGUGCCAAAAUGGUCUGCCAUGGUCAACACACUUAUGUCUACAGUCAAGUUUUACUGCAUAUAUUGGCUCAAGAACCUAAAGGUGGUUUUAUGAUGAAAAGAUUGUCCCAAGAAAUUACCAAAUGUGCUCAACAAAGUCGACAUGAUGUUACCCCUAUAACGAUGGCGCUUAAUGGUGCUGCAGGAAGCCCAGCUGCUUGUCAAGCAUUAGCCUCUAUGUUGUCACGAAAUAAUUUAAAUCCUGCUGAUAUUACAGUUCUAUUUAGAAAUUAUUCACUGCCAGAACCACCUCCUACGGAACUUAUAAGAAAUCCACAAUUUUUAGAAUUAUUAGUGGAUGCUCUAUUCAAACCAGGAGUCAAAAUUAACCCUGAACAUAAAUCAAAAUACAUUUACUUGUUAGCUUACGCGGCUAGUGUUUAUGAAACGGCCGCGAAAAAAGGAGUUCAAAGAAAAGUUAACAAGGAUGACCUGAAGACAACUAUUCAAGCAAUUGAAAAAGUCCACAACACGUGUAACACUAACAAAGGCUCAACAGAACUUAUAGCAGAGAUAAAUACUUUAUAUCAAUGUAUAAGGUUUCCAGUGGUUAGUGUAGGAGUUAUUAGAUGGGUGGAAUGCACUGUAACAGAACCAUCCUAUUUCAAACUGUGUACAGAACAUUGUCCUAUUCAUUUAGCUUUACUUGAUGAAGUGGUGGCCUGUCAUAAUUUACUGCAUCCAAAAGUGCUUCGAUUGCUUAUUCAACUGUUUGAAAGCAAGCAAGAUGAAUUGGAAAUUUUGGUUCAAUUAGAGAUGAAAAAAAUGUUGAUUGAUAGGAUGGUAAAUCUACUUAGCAGAGGAUGUGUUGUUCCUGUAGUUUCAUAUAUAAAGCAGUGCUGGCAACGAGGAGACACAGAUAUAUCUUUAAUAAGAUAUUUUGUCACAGAGGUACUGGAAGCCAUCGCGCCACCUUAUUCAGGGGAAUUUAUUCAAUUAUUUUUACCUAUGGUUGAAAAUGAAGAAAUCACUGGAUCUAUGAGAGGAGAUGGUGACAAUGAUUUGGUUUCGGAAUUCAUUAUAUAUUGUAAAGCCCAAAGUCCCAUUGCUGGAAGAUAAUAAUUCAAGUAUAGAUUUUGAGUCUUGUAACUAAAAAAAGUACAAAUGGUGUGUAAAUUUCCAUAUUUAUUUUAAAACAAAAAGUUAAAUGGAAUCAUAACAGUGGUUGAAUUUGUAUAUUUCAGAACAUUCUGGCGAGCUCUACUUGUCGACAUUGGUUCAUCUACAGAUUUUCUGAAACAAGAAAGAAGUAAACAUUAUCAACUUUUAUAAAUAUGAAAUUUUAUUAUAUAAGACUGACAAAGAAUAUUAUUAAUACUGCACACAAAAUGUAUUAAAGAAACAGCUUUUAGUUUCAGUCAAUGAACUACAGAUAAACUGUAUAAAACAAUUGAAAAAUUGAAUAAUGUAAAUAUUUUGGAUAAAUAUAUGCAGUUUAUACAAAGA